CCAGCCAUGUCGAAGGUGUCGCCCACAGAGACCGAGCGCUGCAUCGAGUCCCUGCUGGCCGUGUUCCAGCGGUACGCGGGCCGCGAAGGGGACAACCUCACGCUCUCCAAGAAGGAGUUCCUGGCCUUCAUGAACACCGAGCUGGCUUCCUUCACCAAGAACCAGAAGGACCCAGCUGUCCUGGACAGAAUGAUGAAGAAACUGGAUUUGAACAGCGACGGGAAACUGGACUUCGCGGAGUUCCUGAACCUCAUCGGGGGCAUUGCGACGGCGUGCCACGACGCCCUCGUCGUGCAGGCCCCGGGCCGCUAGCCCAGG